AUGGAUGCUCCAGCUGAAAAGGCGCAGCAGCAUCAGGUUGCAUGCUUUAGCUGCCGUGCAUCGAGGCAGAAGUGCGAUCGCCAGGAUCCUUGCAAACCUGAUAGUCUGGAGAAGCUCCUCGCUCGCAUUGAAGAAAGCGGUGCUCGCGAGGAAGUCCUCACAGCUCUUUUGGGGCAAACUCUUCCCAGUCCAAAUACAACAGUGUCUAUAAGAGGAACCCCGUGGACACAUGGACAGGGUACUGAUUCAGCGCCCGAGUAUGGCCACGGUACGAGUCAAUCGUCGCGUUCGGUCACUCACCGACGUUCAGUCAGUUAUGACGAGAGCGAUGAUGCCGAUGGUUUGGUGUCACCGAUAACGAUGGUCACUGCUGCUAUUUCAAUGAGUUCCUCUGCGGCUUGUGACAGACUUAGAUCUCAGAUGCCGAUGCAGCCGGGUAUGCGCGAAGCCAUCAUGGCGCCGAUAAAAGAAAGACUGGCUUUGUAUUUUGGCCCACAUAGAGCACAGCAAAAAGACUGGGAGGUUCUAGCAACUCAAGCAGUUGAUUCCCCAUUCAAGUUGGAGAGAGACACUUGCGAUCCACUUGCUUCAAGAUUGAUCGAUGAUAACGAUGCUGCACUAUACUUCCAACUAUUCUUCCAGAUUCGCCAUCCUUUGAUCGGCCUUCUAGACGCCACAUUACAUACCCGUGAAUAUGUCUAUGGAUGCUCAUUUACUUUAUUCUCCGUCAUCUGCGCUCUGGGGUGUGCUGUCUCAGCACGUCCUCGCGACAGAGCCAUAUAUCCCGUUCUAUCAUCAUUGGCCAGCGGUAAUAUUAGAUGGUGUAUCGCUGCGUCUGUGAAAUCCCUCUCAACUAUCCAAGCCAUUAUCGCCUACCAAUACUGGGCACCUCUCUCAGCAAGGCAGGCCGAUGAUCCAUAUUGGCUAACACUAAGCCAUGCUGUUCAGUUAGCCAAAGAGAUGGGCAUUAACAGAUCAGACGUUGUGAAAGAAUAUGUCAACGCAGAAUUUCCCAAUGCUUCGCCAGAGUUGGCCGAUAGGUAUGCCAGAAACUACGAGAGAGCGUGGCUGUACACUUUUAUCGUAGAUAAAGGCUUUGGAGCCCUCAAUGGUCGCUUACAGUGUAUGAGCUGGAGGGCAGUGCCUCGUACUGCAGUAGAUUGGUGGAAAUCACCUAUGGCUGAACCAACAGAUCGUAUCAUCAGUGGAGUAAUCGAGAUUAGGGGAUUAUUGCUCCAAGCAAUGGAGAAACGUAGACAUAUAGUCUCCACACCAGCUUCCAUCCUAGAGUGGCACAAAGAAGCUUACGAGCGCCUAACUCACGUCCGCAACGAACGCUGUCAAGCAGAUGACCUGCCAUCUUCGAAAUAUCUCCCUAUCCUCGCUUUCUAUAUGGAUCACAGCAUUCUAGUCUUUAACGCUCAGGCUUUGCGAGACUUGACUGCCUCUGAGGAUAGUGCGGCAGCAUCUGCACUUUUGAUCAUCCAGAGAAAGAGUAUUGAAGUUGCUGGUCGUAUCUUUGAUCACUUGGUAAAAGACAAAACAAUGAACGACGUCUCAGUUGGCUUUCAGAAUAACCAGUUUAUUAUGAUCUGCCACGCCAUGACUGAGAUACUUCGGGCCGUAAAGAAAGGCGGCAUUACAGCAGAAGAAACUGCCGCCGCUGCAGAAAAGGUUAUCAGUGUCAUUCCAUUCUUUGACCGCGUGGUGCAACAGCUUCCGGCCUCAUCAUCUGUACAUCUCUACUUUGAUCUUGCUCGUUUCUUUGCAUGCCAGAUCGACUCUUUGCUUGCGCCACCUGAUUCACAGGCUUCGCGAGAAACGAUUGAUCAAGGAAUGUUUACGGAUGAGUGGUUCAAAUCUGUUGAUUCGGGUGUGCCAGAUGUUGCCACAUAUAUAGAUAUGGGGUAUUUGGGAAUGGAUCAGUCAAUGAUGGAUGCUAAUGGGUUCUUCGAUUUUAAUGACUUUAAUGGUAUGGCAUAA